GCUCGUCUGAUCUCGGAACGAAGUACAGCGCAGCCAGCCGGCAGAGGGAGAGGGAAGCGAAGGUAGCUCGGCCGAAUAGAGCGCUACUCCGUUUCAGUUGCUUACGAGCAUUCGCCAGUGAACGAGCUGAAUCAUGGUUGUCCGUUUCGUAAAUAACAACGCGGGUGUCGUGCUCGCGAUGUGUCGUACGGUGCUUCUCGUGUUCAUUGCCGUUCUUGUUCUUGCUAGCGCUGAUCAAAACCAAUCGGGACUGAAAGUCGAGAAAUUGUACGUGCCGGAGGUAUGCGACGCCAAAUCAAAAAUUGGUGACCAGCUGACGAUGCAUUAUACCGGCACACUUGUCGAUGGUACAAAAUUCGACUCAAGUUUGGACAGAGAUCAGCCGUUCACAUUCCAACUGGGAGUUGGCCAAGUUAUUAAAGGUUGGGACGAGGGAUUGGUGGAUAUGUGCGUGGGCGAAAAGAGGAAGUUGACCAUACCGCCGGAACUCGGAUACGGAGAGAAAGGAGCCGGAAACGUAAUUCCUGGAGGUGCUACUUUGCUAUUCGAAGUUGAACUGAUCAACAUCAGUGACUCUCCACCGACCGCGAAUGUAUUCAAAGAAAUCGACAGUGACCAUGACAACCAAUUGUCUCGCGAGGAGGUGAGAGCAAUGGUGAGCGAGUAUCUGAGGAAACAGAUGAUCGAGGCGGAGAAGGGCAGCGGCGGGGACAGCGAGGAGGUGAAAAAGAUAAUGGCCGACCACGACAAACUCGUUGAGGAGAUCUUCCAGCACGAGGACAAGGACAAGAAUGGCUUCAUCUCCCACGACGAGUUCAGUGGGCCGAAGCACGACGAGCUCUGAAGCCUUCGUGCCGCGUCGCCGCGUCUCCGGGCACCGCGUCGCCGACGUGUCUCGCGCCACCACGUGUUCCCAUCCAAGCGGAAUCGCCUCUUCGAUUCUCGUCCGAUCCGCGAGGAACGCCACUGAACACGGAACACCUCCACCAAUCGUGUCACCUCUCGAUCCAUCGAUCGAUCGAUUUUUCCUUGUGAAUUGUGUCUUCGCGAAUAUCAUCAUCCGCGUAUUCAUCAUCAUCGUAUUUCACCUCUGAAGAGGAAAGAGAGAAAACAGGAUUUAUCUUCAUCUUUCUCGCGAGGGAAGGGCAUUGGACCAAUCGAAGGAGACUCAUCGAGAAUCAUCUCUGGAAAGUUGGAGGAUCUACGUAAGGAGGAUCGAGAAAGGGAAGGAAGGAGGUUGGCUGUUGUCCAGAUUGAAAGAACUUUCUUUCUAUAGUGAGCUUGUGCGAGUAAUUGGAAGGAUUAAUGGAAUUAAAUUUGAGUUUGAGGAGGGGAUGUCUAUGUGUGCCUCUUUCCACGGAGCGCAAAUGAAGAGUUAACGCGACGUAAGAAUGUCUUGGACGACUUUCAUCCAUCUGUAUCGUCCCUUCGAUGAGGAUAUUUCUGUUGAAAGGUGACGACGAUUGUACGAGAUAUAAUAAUCACGCGAGGACGCAAGAAACGAAGAAAAAAUUCUUUCCAACGGUGCAUUCCAACAAUAGAUAUCCGCGAAUCCUAAGCCUUGAGGAGGAAGAACUCGCGAAAAGGCACGACUGGGUCGUGUGCGAUCGAAAAUCUGGCACGAAGCCGAGGAUGUUCAACGUAAUAUAAUUAUACAGAUAUAGAUAGAAAGAGAGAUCGAAGAGAGAACGGGAGGGAGAGAUAGAGAGACAAGGGUGAUUAUGUGAAAGAGAACGAGAGAAAGUGUUUUUUCUACACGAUUAUAGAUGUUAGAGUAAUUAAAUUAAGCGCAUCGACCUAAGAAUCACACGCGCCAAUUCUAUCCCUCUCUCGAAAGCUUCUUCCUUUUUUUAUCCGAUUCCCCGCUCUAUCACACAUGCGUACACACACACAUGUAUACACACACAGAUAAGACACAGGAUAAACAUGAUUCGCCAUCCCCUUUUUCACGAGGUAUCAACAAAUCCCGCCGGCAUUCUCGAAUUUCACGCGAGAUGUAUAUGUAUAUAUAUAUAUAUAUAUGUAUCCAGGACAUGUGGUGGAGAGGAACUCGAUGGAGGAAGAGACGCGAGAAUGCCUCGAGGAAGAUCCGUGGUGGAGAUGAAUGGCGGUCGCUAAGAAACGCGAUCUUAUUUCCCCCAUGAUCGACGCUCUAUCAUUAAUUACACUUUUUAAUUGAUACGUUUUUAUUACUACAUUAUAUUGUAUGUUGUUAAAGUUGGACGAAGGUUAUAAUAAUAAAUCGUGUGUCUCGAGCACAGUUUGUUAUAUAAGUCGUUGAGCUUGUUUGAUUCGCAUUUCUGAAUCUUUUCCUUCCCCAAACGAAAGAGUUUUUUUAAUUAUGGAUUUAAUGUCUGAAAUUUUGCAAAUUUAAUUCUUGUAGCCAGUCCUUUUCUUUCUGUUUGAGAAAAGUGAAGCAGUUUAUCGAUUAAAAUUAUUU